AUGAUAAAGACAAAUGAUUUAAUACAUGGUCACUAUCCAACAUUACAAGUGACUAAAUUUCAAUUAAAUGUUGGUAAAGGUGGAUUUUCCGAAGUUCAUCGUGCAUUUGAUUUAAAAGAACAACGUUAUGUUGCUUGUAAAAUACAUCAGUUGAAUAAAGAAUGGAAAGAUGAGAAAAAAGUCAAUUAUAUUAAACAUGCUCUUCGUG